AUGGGCUCAAUGGCUUACGCGCCGUUACAACCACCGAAGAACCACUCACCGACGCCUGAGCAUCACAUCGAUCCUCAAUCCCCAGCGUGGACCUCGACCACUCAGGACCCCUAUUACUCGAAUGAAGAUAUCGAAAUUCUCCACGAGAUCGUCUCAAACGCCCAAGAAAAACUGGAAGAUCCGAAUGGCCCGCGACCACUUCCUGCAGCUGCCCUGUUCAAAGCUUACGACGAAGUGCUCCCCAGACAUGGCGUCGACCCGGACGAUGAGAAACAUCUCUCGCGAUUAAUAUUCCGCGUCGGAGGAGAGAAGGGCCCCGUAGCCCAAAUUCACGGAGAGCAUCCCUCCCAUCUCAUUCGUCCUUGGAUAACUCGAACUACCAUGGAAUAG